CACCAUGGCGACAAGCCUGUCACAUGACUAGCAACAUAAACAAGUCCUGGGCGCUAACUGGAUGAUGAUGGGAGGAAAGCUAAUCUCUCUCUCUGAAGUUUUCUCUCUUUGUGCAAACCUUCUGUUGAGCUGCGGGUACAAUGCUAGUUUUUACACGUCGUGUGUCGGACUUCUCGACUGUCACUAGGAGUGGAGCUUCUUGUGGAAGCUGGAAAAAGACACAUUAAAAUGAAACAUGGAGAGCUGUCUCGGUACGCUCAGCUGAAACAUGGGAGCAAGCGCUUCAGUGUCGCUCUGUAGUGACCCAUCCUCAGUGAGAAUCCUGAAAUCCAGUGCUAAGGUGAGCCCAGAGCAAGCCGCUCCCACCCUGGCGACAGAGCCUGAAGGAGCUGCCAGGUGUGUGUUUGGUGUUGCCUUGGAAACCUUGAGAGAGGAUGGGCAGAUGGUCUGCAGAGUGCCUCUUGUCUUAAGAGACAUGGUGGAGUUCCUGGAUAAGAAUGGCAUGCACCACAGAGGUCUUUUCCGCCUCUGUGGAUCAGCAGUGCGGACCAGGCACAUGAGGCAGCGGUGGGACCGGGGAGAAAAGGUUGACCUAGAGCAGGAGCAGGAUGUUCCCACUGUGGCCUCACUCCUCAAACUCUUCAUCAGGGAGCUGCCAACCCCCAUAGUGCCGGAACCCCAUCGCAAACGACUAGUUCAGACUCUCACAGAACAUGUGGAUGAGACGGAUAUGAACCAGUCUCUGAGAGAACACCUUCACCACCUUCCAGAUGACAACUUCAUUGUUUUAUCUUACCUCAUCCACUUCCUGUGCAGAGUGGCCGCUCAUAGCAAAUCAAAUCACAUGCCUGUGGAAAAUCUGGCAACCAUCUUUGGGCCCUGUAUAUUCCGUGUCCCUGCAGCAGCCUGCAUGCUGGAGGAGCAGAGUCUGUGUAACACCCUGUUGCUUCAUCUUCUGAGGCAUCAGGAAAAUCUGCUUCCUGUCCCAGGCAAGGAAACAGUUGCCUCCUCCUCCUCGCCUCCUCCUCCGACUCUCUCUGCUCUGUCACACUUUGAGGUCCGUCCCAGCAGCAGCUGCCACUCAGAGCGGAGUAAUGUUGAGAGGUUGGAAGAAGACGUCACUUCCAUCUCAGCAACCGAUGAAUACAACCAAACAAAGAGAAUUCAGUCUGGACUCAACAGUCCUGACACACUGGCGCAGGCUUGUGAAACCGACUCUGACGUCAGCACUGACAUUCAGAAGCUGAUUCCAGACCAGGAGGCUCUGAAGGAGAGCAGAGAAAGUAGGGCUGCAGGCUGUGUGCUCUCCUGCCCCGCUGACCCAGGGCCAGAGCAACACAUGCACCGGAGCAGAUCAUCCCUAAGCACCCAGGGAGAGAUGCAAGAGAUGGACUGUACCACAGAAGAGAGCUUUUCACAGUGCAAGAUGCUACAAAUCUGCUCCAUGUCAAAUGAUGAUGAGGGGGAACAAGUGGAGAAGGCUUCAACUGAUCCAGAGCAAACAUCAUCUUCCUCAGGCUGCCUCAUGCUAGGGAAUGAAUCACAGAGCAGAAACCAAGCACAGAGGGAGCACACAGAGAGCAUGCUGCGCUGUGGGAAGAGCGAGUCAGAAGACAAAACCACAGUAUCUGACUCAAAGGAUGGAGGAGGUGGAGGAGGAAGAAGAGGAGGAGGUUAUCAUGGUUCUCCUGAUAGACACGAUGAUUGCAGAGGCAGGAACAGCAGCCGUGACAGCCCUUCUUUCAAACUACAGGCUCUGGAGGCUGACCUGGGACUGCUGCCAUCACUAGCAGACCCCCAAGCUGAGGAUACCCUACCUGCUCAGGAUCAGCAUCUUUCCAUUGACGAUCAGGGUCUGUUUUUGACCCACAAGCUGCACCUCCAUCAGCCACCAUCGCCUCCACCUCUGGAUCAGCACACAGUGGACUCAUCACAGUCAGACCACUGCCCGUCAUCACCUCAGUCACCUCAACCAAGUCCUGUGCUCUCCACUGACGCUCAGUCUGAGGUGAUCUCAGGAAAUGACCCCCAGCUGAGCCCACAAGGACCCAAAACCAGUCCACUUCUCUCCCGUUUAACUACAACCGACUGCCCAGUCCCCUCUCCACGCUGCCACAACCUCAAUCACAGCCAGCGCUACAACCUCGACCCUGAAACAGCUCCUUCUCCUCCGUGCUCACAGCAAAAACGCAUGGCUCGCAGCAGUGUCCACAAAGAACCAGACGAGGGCUCUGCAUCUAUCUCAAUGCUCAACAGACACAUUCACACCCUGAGGAAGAGGAUCAGGCGUUUUGAGGAGCAGUUUGAACAGGAGAAGCACUACAAGCCGGCCCACAAUGACAAGACAGCUCAUCCUGAAGUGUCCAGACUGAUGAAGGAGCUCAUCAAGAGCCGCAAGCAACUUAAAGAGCUGAAGCUAAGACAAUCAGAAGAAACUGAUCUGAAAGGACAGAGGGGCUUCAACACAUCAGCUGAGACACUCAGGACCAGCACAGACCACAGGGAGGCAGCACUAACUGGGACUGAGCUGCAUCAACUGAUCAACAACACCAAUACAAAGCCAAGUGUGGAGGAAACAGUUAACAUCAUAACCAAUAGACUGAAGGAAAGACGGCAGGAGCUGGGUCUGCCUGACAGCAUUAAGGAGAUGUCUCAUUUCCAGAGGACCACAGAAAAGACCAGCCUGCAGAAGUGUUUGCUCUACUUUGAGAGUCUGCAUGGACGACCAAGCACUAAGCAGGAGCGGAAUCUGAUGAAACCUUUCUAUGAUAGAUACCGACUUCUCAAGCAGAUGCUGUUUUCCUCUGCUACUUCAAAAGUUAUUACGACCAUUGAGGAAGAGGAGGGCUCUGAUGAAGAGCGUCCCAAUCAGCAUAGCCCCAAACAGCAGCCACUCUGGCUGAAAUCUCCCAGGUACCUGUCUUCAGAUGAGUGUCUGCAUCUGGCUUCCCUAGAGACAUCUGAAACACCUCUAGUGUCCCCGCUGGAGGAGGUAAAGGGUCUCCAGCCACAGAUUAUCACCAUGGCAACACUACACGAAGCCUCCAGAGCAGAAUUACUGGAUCACCUCAGGACAGCUCGACUCGAGAAGAGGAGGCUUCACCACGCACUCAGAGAGUUUGAGGACCACUUUUACAUGCAGACCGGCAGGGUUUGUCAGAAGGAGGACCGUGGCCCGAUGGCGGAGGAGUACUGUCAGUAUAAGAACCUCAAAGCGAAGCUCCGUCUGCUGGAGGCCCUGCUCAGUAAACAACAGCACUCAAUUAAGACCAGUUGAGUUAACUCACAGUGGGACUUUUCUCUAACUUAACAGGACUCAAUCUUUUCUGAGAAAAAAACAGGUUAUGAAGCCUUCAGGUCUGGUCUUGUUUCAUGCCAUGCUCAUUAUGAUGAUGCACUUUAGAUGAAGGAAAACAAAUAGAAAAUUGGUGAGAAUUAAAUGCUGAUAAACUGCAGGUUUUUAAGUCCCCAAAACACAUCCCUCGCCAUUCAUGACCGUAUCAUAAACCUGAUGUAGCAAGUGAAUUUAUGUAGCACUAGUUCAUAUCAAAGAUAAAGAGCUGCAUUAAUGUGAUGUUAGUAACGUAUUAGAUUUUGAAGAUCUCUAUGUAUGUUAUGGCACUUUGUUACUUCCUUUUUUCUUGUGCCAAAAUACUAUUUUUGAACAGGAUAAUCUGUAGUUGAUGUGGAAACUGCAUUUUUUAAAAGUGCUUUCUUGGCAAAAAAAAAAGGAGCAAGCUUAAAUGCAAUCAAUGCAACAAUCCUG